CUUAUUAAAUAGAUACCAUAAAUAUGCCUCACCCACGAUCUGCUGGAAAAAGUGAUGCCGAUGAUCAAAAUGAUCAAAUGCUGGAGGCAGAGUUGAAUAAAUUGAUCAACCAUCAUCGUGUUAUCGACAAGGAUCGAACUGCCUACCAGCAUGACGCAAUGGAAAGAAUCAGAGUCCAGGAGAGGGAAAUUAAACUAUUGGAAGCGGAGAGAGAAGAGCACUUAAAAAACCUCAAACUGGCUGAGAGCGACCAGAACCAGAGCAGAGACCAAAAGAAAAGUGAAGAACUUCGUCAGUUGGUGGAGGAGCGAGACGAGACCGAGGAUGAAAUUAAACAGCAGGCGGACGAGGAGAAACAACUGGACGCCGAAUUGAAGAGAGCCGAGAAAGAGUUGAGGGAGAAACUGAAGGCGUCCGGAGGAGCUUCUGGAUCGAGUGAGGGAGCCAGACAGAGAACGUCUAAACAGAUACGCACUCUGGAGAAUAAACUAGAUAAUACCCUGAAGAAGUUCAGCAGCCAGCUGGCAGACAACCAGAGACUGAGGAAGGAAGUGGACAGUGCUAGGUAUGAGAAGAACAGGUUCGAGGAAGUGUACCGGAAGCUGGAGCAGCACAACGAGGCCAUCCGGGUGGAGAUGGGCAGGAUCAUCGACCAGAGCAACCAGGCCUACGACCAGAGAGAGGAGGCCCAGAACAAAAUCAUAUCUGGAAAGGAGAAGGCCGACAAGGAGGAGGCGACGCACCAGAGUGAGAUGCGGGAGCUGCAGAGGAGUAUUGACCACGAGAAGAAGUUGAGACAGUUCAUGGACAUCAAGAAGAGCGAGAGGGAGGAGGACGAGUUCACCAAACAGCACAAGAGGAAAAAGGAAGAGGAGAUGCGUGAGAAGAAGGCGAAGGAGGGACAGAAGGACACUGCGGAGAUAUACGAGAAGGCGAUCAGGGAGAUAGAGAGGAUCACUGCCGCCUCCUCCACUCACAGACACGAAGGGGAUGAUCAGCUCGAAGGUGAGAGUAAAGAGAGUGAGAGCGAGCGGCUGGAGUUGAUAGUGAGUCGUUUCAUCGAGAACGAGGAGAGGAACUUCGCACUGUUCCAGUUCAUCAAUGACCAGAAUAACACCAUCGAGAAUCGAAAGGACGAACUAGACAAGAGACGGGUACGGGAGCGAUGAGGGAAGUGACGAAGAAGUGAAGCCGCUCUCGGUGGCCGAAUUGAGACAGAGGGCAAUGAGAAAUGUGGCGAAGAAAGAGAGGAUGAACAACCAAAUGAACAGCAUGAACAACAACGCCCAGUAUGAACAGACUCACAAGCAGGAACAGUCAAGACAUCGCAAACCAUCAGCACAGCGCAAGAAGUAAACAACAACAAUCACAAAAACAACAAUUGAAACGACAUCAACAAAAUCAACGUAAUUGUAUCACACAAGAAACCGAUAACACCCGCACCCACCCCUCCUCCUUGAUAAGAGUUUCCAGGUUUCUAAGAAGACCGUUCAAGUGUCUAUCUGUUCAAAUAAUCCAGGGAAAAAUGAACUCUAAGAAGAACUAAAGACAACCGGUACCUCCGAAGACUCGCUACGGACGUUAGUUUAGAUUAUCAUCUAUGUCUGUCCCGAACUACGUGUAAACUCUUCUCUAUAUAGAUCUAUAUCAGUCAUAUCAGCUCUUUUCUUUCGCAACUUCCUUUUGGCUUGCAUCGAUUAUGCCAGCCAGUUCAUAAUAACCUUUUCCAAAAGAAGUUUUUGAAAAGGAAAAGCGAGAGAAAAGUAAUUUGCCAAAUUAUAUCGUUUAUUUUUAACACCAAUAAGUGAAACGCAAUUCAAUUAUGUUCAAUGC